ACAUUUGUGACGAGAGUAGAAUACUAAACAACAUGGCGCCUAUCAAGAAAGGAGAACUGUCUGAAUCAGAGAAAAAGCUAUUUGAUAUCGUCCUCAAAGGUACUGUGGAGGAGAUCCGAGCAAUACUGAAAGAGCCAGAUGUUCGGGUGGACUGUCUUGACCAGACUGGGAUGACCCUGCUGCAGCAUGCUGCCUUCAAGGGGCGGUAUGAAAUGUGUGAGGUUUUCCUUGCACAUGGAGGUGAUGUCAACUCAAAUUACCAUGACAACGGAUACUCUGCCUUAAUGUUUGCUGCCCUUUCAGGUAAUACAGAGGUGACCAGAUUGAUGCUGCAGGCGGGGGCCAAGGUUCAUCACAUAAACUCAGUCAACAGAACAGCCUCUCAGAUGGCAGCCUUUGUCGGUCAACAUCAGUGUGUUUCAGUCAUUAAUAACUUCUUCCCCAAAGAAGACAUCGAAUACUACACUGUGCCACAAGGUUUGGAAACAGAAGCUAAGCUGCCUGCAGCCAUUGCCCCUUCCUUGCUGACCCUGGUGAACUCUGUUAAUAUGCACCCAGUGAAGAUUGCGUUGUACAUGAAGGAUCACAAGGAGCUCCAGGAAGAUUGGUACAAGGUGACAAGGGUGCUGGACCUGCUGGUGGAGAGGAACAUGAAGUCCCGGGAGACCAACGACGUGCUGGCGCUCAAGCUGCACUACCUGGCCACCAUCAUCAGGAAUACAGCAAAGGCUGCUCUGGACAAGGACGGAGACAUGGAGCCAUGGAUCAAGAGCUUGUUGAAGGGUCGUGAUGGUGAUGCGUUCCCAGAGAAGCAGGAGCGUUUGAUCCGCCAGUCCCUGAAGGAGUUCCCGUACGUGGAGUCCCAGCUGCUGCAACAGGUCGUCAGGCAGAUUGCCCCCGUCAAGAUGGGAGAAGGUGUGACAGCUCUGUCCAUGUUGAUGGCGAGUAUCAAUGGUCAGCAGUACGGCUGGGAUGAGGACACCAGCUGCUCCACAUGUGGGACACAGAACCCCGAGAAGAAGUGCUCGGCUUGUAAAAUGGUGGGUUACUGCAACCAGCAGUGCCAGAAACUACACUGGUUCACACACAAGAAGUUCUGUAAACAGUUAGCAGAAGAGAAUGUGAGACGUGAGGAAGUGAGGAAGCAGCGAGAGGCAGAAGAGAAGAGACAGCAGGAGGAAGCACAGAAGAAGAAAGCAGAAGAGGAACAGGCAAAGGAGGAAGAGGGGAAAGAGAGGCAGCGUCAGGUUGAUGAGCUGCACGAGCGAAUGAAAGAGGUUGGCGUGGGAGAUCUUAUAGAAUCACAAGGCUGUGAGACAAAGACUGAUUCCAAUAAGAAAGAUGAGGAGAAUGAGAGCGGAAAGACCCUGUCUUCUGUCACAGAAAAUGGCAACACAUCAGUAACAGAAGACACUAACCAGAAGCCCCAGCCAGACACAGCCAGCAUAGCUAGCUGAUCACAGUCUCAGCAACAAAAAGUUGUCCCUCAAGAGCCUAAUCAGCAAUCCUGGUCUUCUGGCCAAUAAUGUCUAUUAACCAUUAAGUUUAUGUUUGUGAACCACACCCAUCUCAAUGCACUCCUUGUAUUGUGGUCAGCAGCAAGAAGGUUUACAGUAGUAUGUGCUCCUCGUCGCCAGUCCUUCAGCCAUCCAAAGCACAAACAUGAUGACAUACUGCCCUGCCUACACUGCUUGUCAUCAUUAGCUGGUGCACCUUCUAAUGAAUCAUGUGUCACCAUGUUUGAUUGCCCUCUCCGCAUGUGGAUGAGCUGUAGCCCAGGACAGACUUGACACAGUAUUAUGUAACUAAUAGAAGAAAUGAGUUAUCAUACACAAAUACAGGCCAUUUUUAUGACAUUAAAAUGACAAAAAAGAUCUGGUUUGAUGUGAAAGUGUCUUGAUAGGUUUUCCUAGAAUCUUAUUUCAUCUUUGUAUUAUUUAAUGAUGAAUGUGAACAACAAAAAAAUGACAGUAACCUAAAAUGUCUCAAUCUCAUUGCAGAACUCAUUUUGGCUGUUCCCUCCAACUGCUCAAUAUUUACAAGACAGAGGCCCUUUUGACUGUGUUAGAAAGUAUGCACAUAUUUCCCUUGAUAUUGUUCUUUGUUUGUUGUCUUCAAGACCCCUGUAGUUAGGUUCUUGGGAAUCUUCUAUUUGAUGUCAUUGAAGUCCGUCUCCUCAUGGUUAAUUUCUAGGGGUGUCCUCAAGAACUAUCACUACGAGUGUCUGCUGCAUUCAUGCCUAUGGGUGUCAUCUUCAGGGUACAUCACUGUGGAGAUCUUUGGGGUACAUCACUGUGGAGAUCUUCGGGGUACAUCACUGUGGAGAUCUUCUUCGUACAUCACUGUGGAGAUCUACGGGGUACAUCACUGUGGAGAUCUUCAGGGUACAUCACUGUGGAGAUCUUCGUACAUCACUGUAGAGAUCUACAGGGUACAUCACCGUGGGGAUCUUCAGGGUACAUCACUGUGGAGAUCUUCGGGGUACAUCACUGUGGAGAUCUCCAGGGUACAUAACUGUGGAGAUCUUCGGGGUAUAUCACUGUGGAGAUCUUCGGGGUACAUCACUGUGGAGAUCUUCAGGGUACAACACGCUGGAGAUCUUCGGGGUACAACAUCCUGGAUAUCUUCAGGGUACAUCACUGUGGGGAUCUUCAGGGUACAUCACUGGAGAUCUUCGUGGUACAUCACUGUGGGGAUCUUCAGGGUACAUCACUGUGGAGAUCUUUAGCGUACAUCACUGUGGAGAUCUUUGGGGUACAACAUCCUGGAUAUCUUCAGGGUACAUCACUGUGGGGAUCUUCAGGGUACAUCACUGUGGAGAUCUUUGGGGUACAUCACUGUGGAGAUCUUUGGGGUACAUCACUGUGAAGAUCUUUGGGGUACAUCACUGUGGAGAUCUUUGGGGUACAUCACUGUGGAGAUCUUCAGGGUACAACACCCUUGAGAUCUUUGGGGUACAACAUCCUGGAUAUCUUCAGGGUACAUCACUGUGGAGAUCUUCGGGGUACAUCACUGUGGGGAUCUUCAGGGUACAUCACUGUGGGGAUCUUCAGGGUACAUCACUGUGGAGAUCUUCAGGGUACAACAUCCUGGAUGUCUUCAGGGUACAUCACUGUGGAGAUCUUCAGGGUACAUCACUGUGGAGAUCUUCAGGGUACAUCCCUGUGGUGGUCUUGGGGUCCCGUCCCUGUGAUGGUCUUUUUCCAGUUUUGUUGUCUCUGUAACAACCCAGCAAAUGUUACAUAUGUUUGGGGUCAUUGUUUUCAAGUUUAUUUGAAUGAUACAUGGUAUUGUUGUUUUUGUGACCAUUACAUUCGAGAUCAUGUGGCAUAACUAUACCAGUUUUAAAUAUACUACUACCCUUGUCAAUAUAAUAUUCAGCUAUUAGCCAUUACAGUUGUCUGAAGUUAAAUCACAGUAAUCAUUGCUCAUCAGCUCGUCAUUGCUGUGUCAG